UCUCAGCUCAUUUCUCAGCUCAUUGAAGCCUCGACCUCCUGGGCUCAAGCAAUCUUCCCACCUCAGCCUCAGCAAUAGGUGGGACCACAAGCAUGGGCCACCACGCCCAGUUAAAUUUUUUUUUUUUUUUUUGAGACGGAGUCUUGCUCUGUCGCCCAGUCUGGAGUGCAGUGGUGUGAUCUCGGCUCAUUGCAAGCUCCGCCUCCCGGUUUCAUGCCAUUCUCCUUCCUCAGCCCCCCAAGUAGCUGGGGCUACAGGCGCCCCCCCACCAUGCCUGGCUAAUUUUUUUUUGUAUUUUUAGUAGAGAUGGGGUUUCACCGUGUUAGCCAGGAUGGUCUGGAUCUCCUGACCUUGGAGACCGCCUUGGCCUCCCAAAGUGCUGGGAUUACAGGCAUGAGCCACCAUACCCGGCAUAAUUUUUGUAUUUUUUAUAGAGGUGGGUUUUUGCCAUGUUGCCCAGGCUUGUCCCGAACCCCUGCCCUCAAGCGAUCCCCCUACCUCGGCCUCCCAAAGUGCUCAGACUACAGACGUAAGCCUCCGCACCUGGCCUGCUUUUGGACUGGUGUGCCAGUUCACACAUGCCUGUGAUAGCAACUGCGUUCUGAACUGCAGGGAUACAUUUACUUGUCAGCACCUGAAAACUUCCUCCUGAGUUGAGUCCAAUUAUCAGCUUCAUGUGCCAUCUGCCAAUCCAGAUGAAACUUGGCAAAUACAAAGCUGUCCUUUUCCAGGUGACACUCCCCACCUUCUUUUUCCUCCACCAUUUCAUUAACAACUAAAAAGCUCCUGCAUGAUCAGACCUGUGUAUCUAUCCAUCAUCAAAUCCUACUCCUUUUUCGAGACUGGGACCCUCUGGAGGCUGACCCAGCCCCGCAUUUGCUAGCAUGCCCUGCAGACAUGACCCUCGCUGGGCUCUGAUCAGCCUUCAGGCCUCCACUCCAGGUGUCACUGUUCUGUCUCCCCUCUGCUCUCACAGCCUUCUCUGCUAGAUGUCUCAGCCGUGCUGGCCCUCUCUUUCAGAAGUGAAUGUACUGAGAGGGUCUUAGGGAUUUAUUAAUAAUGCUCCUGGGGUCGGAUGUAGUAGCUCAUGCCUGUGAUCCCAAUACUUUGAGAUCACUUGAGCCCAAGCGUUUGAGACCAGCCUGGGCAACAAGGUGAGGCCCCAUCUCUAUCAAAAAUUCAAAAAAGUAGCCAAGCAUGGUGGUGCACGCCUGUGAUCCCAGCUCCUCGGGAGACUGGGGUGGGAGGAUGGCUUAAGCUCAGGUCAAGGCUGAAGUGAGACAUGAGGCCACCACUGCACUCCAGCCUGGGCAACAGAGCAGGACUCUGUCUCAAAAAAAACAAAACCCACUAUAACCAUAAUACUAUUAUCACACUUAAGAAAUUCAUAAUUCCUUAAUAUCAUCACAUAUCCAAUUGAUAUUUGAGUUCAAUUAUUUCAUGUCAAUGUUUUUAAACUAUUUCAAUCAGAAUCUAAAUGAGGUCAACACGUUGCAAUUGGUUGGUAUGUCUUUUAAACUCCUUUUAAUCUACAGGUUUCUCUUCUCUUUUUUUUCCUUGAGUUUCAUUUAUUAGAGAACCCAGACAUUGUCCCAUAUAGUCUCCCAGAGUUGGAUCUUGCUAGUUUCAUCCCCACGGCCUAGUUUAACACAUUCCUCUGUCCUAUUUUCUUUUUUUUUUUUUUUCUUGAGAGGGAGUCUCCGUCUGUCCCCCAGGCUGGAGUGCAGUGGCUCCAUCUCAGCUCACUGCAACCUCUGCCUCCCAGUUCGAGUGAUUCCCCUGCCUCAGCCUCCUGAGUAGCUGGGAUUACAGGCGCCUGCCACUACGCCCAGCUAAUUUUUUAAAUAUUUUUAGUAGAGACGGGGGGGGGGGGGGUUUCACCAUCCUGAUUAGGCUGGUCUCGAACUCCCGACCUCAGGUGAUGGACCCGCCUCUGCCUCACAGAGUGCCGGGAUUACAGACGUGAGCCACCGCACCCGACCAAAUGUCCUUUCUAUUUUCUAUAAAUUAACAGUCAGAUCUAGGGGCUCGAUCAGAUUUGUGUGUGUGUGUGCCGUGUGCGCGUGCACAGCAUGUUCUUUGACUAGGAGGCACACCUGCUUUGGUUAUCUUCUUUUUGUAAUCUUUAAGUUGCUCUUUGAUGUAGACGUGGUAACUAAUGUUGAAACAAAAUUAGUUUCGUUUCAAAACCUUUCUUUCAGGAAGAGGUUGUGGUUGAUUACUUCUGCGACAGGUAGAUGCAAGGUUGAGCAAUCAUCUCUUAACAGAAGUGGUCACACUAGAAUAAUUCAAGCACAACAACAAAUCCCAUAUCAUCACCCCCUCUUAAUAAUGGUGUUUUCUUUUUACUUGAUUAGCUUUUAAUUGUCACGCACUCUGCAUUUUUUCCCUGAGGUAUUAUUUCCAGAAGGCAGCGAAAUAUGACUCAAUGGCAAAUUUGCUUUUUAAAAAUUAAACAAAACUUAGGCCAGCUGCCAUUUAAGAAGGGCUCCGGGGCCUCCAGACUCGGUGUGACCGCAGCCGUGCCCGGUGCUCCCCUCGCGGAGGCGUUAAGGCAGUAGGUUUAUCUCACUUGAGACCAUUCCUUCCUUUUUCAUCUUCUCCGGGCUCCGGCGCAGCAGGCCGCAGGGGCGGGGACUCGCAAGAACGCGGCAUCCUGGAUGGUGGCCGAGUCACCGAAGCUCAGAACCCCGCGUCCCAGAAUCGCUGAGAGCCGGCCCCGCACGGGGGCCUGGGAGCGCCACGCGCCCUCCACCCAGAGAGGCAGGCAGGCGGGCGGGCGGGCCGGGAGGGGCGGGGCCUCGGGACUCCGCCCACGCCUCCGUCUCCUCCGCGCUCCGCCAGAGCCGGCCGACACCACACCAGCCGGGGAGCCGCCGCCGCCGCCGCCACCUCUGAGCAGCCGGCUGGGAGCGAGAGCCGACAGCUAGUCUGCAAGCCACCGCUGUCGCCAUGGGGAGCCGCGUCUCGCGGGAAGACUUCGAGUGGGUCUACACCGACCAGCCCCACGCCGACCGGCGCCGGGAGAUCCUGGCAAAGUAUCCAGAGAUAAAGUCCUUGAUGAAACCUGAUCCCAAUUUGAUAUGGAUUAUAAUUAUGAUGGUUCUCACCCAGUUGGCUGCAUUUUACAUAGUAAAAGACUUGGACUGGAAAUGGGUCAUAUUUGGGGCCUAUGCGUUUGGCAGUUGCAUUAACCACUCAAUGACUCUGGCUAUUCAUGAGAUUGCCCACAAUGCUGCCUUUGGCAACUGCAAAGCAAUGUGGAAUCGCUGGUUUGGAAUGUUUGCUAAUCUUCCUAUUGGGAUUCCAUAUUCAAUUUCCUUUAAGAGGUAUCACAUGGAUCAUCAUCGGUACCUUGGAGCUGAUGGCGUCGAUGUAGAUAUUCCUACUGAUUUUGAGGGCUGGUUCUUCUGUACCGCUUUCAGAAAGUUUAUAUGGGUUAUUCUUCAGCCUCUCUUUUAUGCCUUUCGACCUCUGUUCAUCAACCCCAAACCAAUUACUUAUCUGGAAGUUAUCAAUACCGUGGCACAGGUCACUUUUGACAUUUUAAUUUAUUACUUUUUGGGAAUUAAAUCCUUAGUCUACAUGUUGGCAGCAUCUUUACUUGGCCUGGGUUUGCACCCAAUUUCUGGACAUUUUAUAGCUGAGCAUUACAUGUUCUUAAAGGGUCAUGAAACUUACUCAUAUUAUGGGCCUCUGAAUUUACUUACCUUCAAUGUGGGUUAUCAUAAUGAACAUCAUGAUUUCCCCAACAUUCCUGGAAAAAGUCUUCCACUGGUGAGGAAAAUAGCAGCUGAAUACUAUGACAACCUCCCUCACUACAAUUCCUGGAUAAAAGUACUGUAUGAUUUUGUGAUGGAUGAUACAAUAAGUCCCUACUCAAGAAUGAAGAGGCACCAAAAAGGAGAGAUGGUGCUGGAGUAAAUAUCAUUAGUGCCAAAGGGAUUCUUCUCCAAAACUUUAGAUGAUAAAAUGGAAUUUUUGCAUUAUUAAACUUGAGACCAGUGAUGCUCAGAAGCUCCCCUGGCACAAUUUCAGAGUAAGAGCUCGGUGAUACCAAGAAGUGAAUAUGGCUUUUAAACAGUCAGCCUGACUCUGUACUGCUCAGUUUCACUCACAGGAAACUUGUGACUUGUGUAUUAUCGUCAUUGAGGAUGUUUCACUCAUGUCUGUCAUUUUAUAAGCAUAUCAUUUAAAAAGCUUCUAAAAAGCUAUUUCGCCGGGCACGGUGGCUCAUGCCUAUAAUCCCAGCACUUUGGGAGGCCAAGGUGGGUGGAUCACCUGAGGUCAGGAGUUCGAGACCAGCCUGGCCAACACGGUGAAACCCCAUCUCUACUAAAAAUGCAAAAAUUAGCCGGGCGUGGCGGCACAUGCCUGUAAUCCCAGCUACAUGGGAGGCUGAGGUGGGAGAAUUGCUUGAACCCAGGAGGCGGAGGCAGAGGCUGCAGUGACCCAAGAUUGUGCCACUGCACUCCACCCUGGGCAACAGAGCAAGACCCCAUCUCAAAAAUAAAUAAAUAUAUAUAAAAAAUAAAAAAGCUAUUUCUAGUUUAUUUCACUAUAAAGUUUUGCUUUAUUAAAAAGCUAAUAAACAGCUAUUAAUCACAGUGUAUUAGUAUUUGUUACAUUUUUGUAUUUCACUAUCUUUAUACUAUAUAAUAUGGUAACUUGGGUACCGGGGGAACUUUAAAAUUUCAUCUCAAAAAUAAUUUUUAAAAAGCCUGAGGUAUGAUAUAGCAUAAAAGAUUGAGAUGAAAAUAUAUUUCCCUGUAAGCUGAAUUACUCAUUUAAAAAUUUUAACUUCUAUAUGGGACCCGAAUUAGACACUGCUGAAUCCUGUACAGCCUUACUCAUAAAUAAAGUACUUACUGAAUUUCCACCAUUCAAA